ACCAGUUUGCAGGCGCCACACGCCGCCUCGAUUGGUAGAUCGGCGCGUCUGCUUGGCUGGAUUGAUGGCAUUCUCGCGCCCGUCCAUGGCAUUCGCGUCAUCGGCCACGCGCCUGCCAAGAUGCAGCUUCUGGCCUCCCGGUCACAAGACGGACAUGUGCCUUUACCCUACUCUAUGCCCAGUCUCAUAGGAUGCGUUCACUCGAAGUCUUUGUCCACCGCGGAAAAGGGUCCACAGACCGUUGCCCGCUGUGCAUGGUGGGGUAAAGCAAAGGCCCCGCUGACGUAG